ACAGUGGAAUGUGACACGCACGCUGCACAUGUGCUGCCUGAACACACCAGUUUGUGUCUUUGUUGAAAUCCUUCAAACGGUUUCUCCGUCUGUUCAGAGCCUCAGAAACCAGCACGGAUUCAGAAGGAGUUAAGUGUGCUGCCCGGAGAUGUCCGCCCUCUUCUUCACCACAGCAGUCCCCUUCCCCUCAGCUUCUCCAGGAGCUGAAGCCACCAAUGGCACCUCCUGCCAGGACUGGGAGCAGGCCCACCACCUCCUCUUCCACAUGGGGAACCUGUCCCUUCUCCUGGGACUGGUCAUACCUACCACCCUGGCCCUGCACAUGAUACUGCUGCGCUUACUGCUGCUGACAGGAUGCAGCCUCUUCAUCGUGUGGGCGACGCUGUACAGAUGCAAUCUGGACGUGAUGGUUUGGAAUGUUGUCUUCUUGGUCGUCAACUUCAUGCAUUUGUUCUUCCUGCUGUAUAAGCGUAGACCGAUUAAGAUUGACAGAGAGCUGAGGUCAGUCUACAAGCGGAUGUUUGAGCCCCUACAUGUACGAGAGGCGAUGUUUCAGAGGUUGACAGGGCAGUUCUGCACCAUUCAGACUCUGAAGAAAGGACAAGUCUAUGCAGCUGAAGACAAAACUUCUGUGGACGAGCGCCUGAGCAUUCUGCUCAAAGGAAAGAUGAAGGUAUCAUACCGAGGACAUUUUCUUCACAACAUCUACACCAACUCAUUCAUUGAUUCUCCGGAGUUCCGGUCCACAGAGAUGCACAGAGGAGAGAAGUUCCAGGUGACUAUCAUGGCAGAAGAGAACUGUAAGUUCCUGUGCUGGUCCAGAGAGAGGCUCACCUAUUUCCUGGAAUCAGACACUUUCCUCAAUGAGGUGUUACGAUACCUCAUUGGCAAAGACAUUACCAACAAACUGUACUCUCUCAAUGACCCCACACUCAGUGACAAGGCCGCAAAGAAGCUGGACCGCCAGCCCAGUCUGUGCUCACAGCUCUCCAUGAUGCAGAUGAGGAAAAGCAUGGCGAGCACGAGUGACACUGAUGAUGUGCUGAACCAAAUCCUACGUGGAGGAUCUGCUGGCUCCUCACUCCAGAAAUCACCUGAUACAAAGACUUCCUCGAAGAUGAAACCAAUAGAAGAAGUUAUGGAGGAUGAUGUUUUUGAAAAGUCCUCCAAUCCUCAACACCUUUCUACCACAUCCAUUGAGGAUGUGCAGUGAAGAAGGAAGAACACACUGGGCCCUAUCUUGAUUAUCUUUGGCACACAGGCUUAAGUGCAUGGCAGAAGUGUAUUUGGGGCAUGUCCAACUCCAAUGUAUGAUUUACAGGGUGCACAAUUUU